AUUCGACGCCGGAAGAGGCGGGAGCCAAUAUGGCGGCGUCCACAGGAGCCGGGGAGAACCGCUCAUGUCCGCCAACGGAGCCGUUUGGGGGCGCGUGCGGAGCCGCCUCCGGGCCUUCCCGGAGCAUCUGGCGGCCUGCGGGGCCGAGGCUUCGGCGUACGGCAGGUGCGUGCAGGCCUCCACCGCCCCCGGAGGCCGCCUGAGGAAGGACCUGUGCGCGCGCGAGUUCGAGGCCCUGAGGAGCUGCUUCGCCGCCGCGGCCAAGAAGACCUGAUGGAGGCACCUGUGGGCACAGGCGCCUUAUACUGAUGACACACGGAGAGCUUUGGGGACUGAAAGAAGGUGUGGCCGGCGGCGGUCCUGGUGUUUGUUUCUUCUAGGCUUGAACCUUGGGCAGGGCAGGGUUGAUUAAGAUGUAACAGAAACAGCAAUGAAGAUUAUUUAAUUCGG